GCAGCAAGGCUGGAGUCCUUCACUUGUCAGUUACCAACCACCGAGGUCACCAGGAGGAGCGGACGAACAACCUGGUGCUGGAGCGGAGUCAGUGAGAGAACCUGAAAAUGUACCGCGGCUCCGGUGGAAUGACGGCGAGCGCCAAGCCGCUGCCAAGUCAUGGAUAGAGCGCUGCCAAAAUGACACACGAGACCCUGACGAGCUCCCAGUUGUCUCUCAAGGCCGCAGCUUUGCGAAUGGUUGACCUACCGCUGUCCGUCUACAGCUCCCUGACACAGGUGAGCAUCAGCACCGGCACCAAGAAACUGGUGGCCGCCACAACCUUCGGCACCAUCUCGCUCCUCUUCCUCGCUCGCCGCUUUCAGAGGAGGAAGGGCAGGAAGAAGGGCCAGUCGCCUCAGUGGGAUCAGGUUGAGUUUGAGUUCGUCUCCCCAACGGCCGCAGAAAAUGAUAACACCAGCCAAAACAUCAGCGUCACCUUCAGCUCCAAGAAUAGCUGCUCAGCUGGAUCUGGGCUGGUUCUGACCACAAGAGAUUACAGAAAACUGUCCGGGUCUCUGAUGAGCCUUGCCUCGGUAAAAAGUGUGAACUCGUCCAGCAGCAGCACCUGUGCAAACGAAUCCAUCGGUUGGGAUGGAGGGACGGACGCCGAUGUGUGCAGCGUCGUCAACCUGUCUAUCACCACACCUGAAAAUCUCUACCUGAUGGGCAUGGAUUUGUUUGAGGAGGCGCUGCAGCACUGGGAGGAAGCGCUGACGUUCAGGAGCAGACAGGGUGACGAUGACGACGACGAUGCCGCGAGCUGCAAAUCUGUCAAAACGGGAGCUGGAGAUGCAAUCGCUGAGCAGAGCAUGGAGGACGUCAUCAGCGCGGAGUUUAUCCACAGGCUGAAGUCUCUGCUGCAGCGGGCUUACCGCCUGCAGGGGGAGUUUGAGGGCGUCCUCGGCAUGUCGGAGCCUUCGUCCCGCAGCAGCAGCAGCCAGGAUCAAACGGCGGACCUUCUGGCCAGAGAGGAGCUGGACGACGUCUGUGUCAGAGACAGCAUCAGCAUCGCUUCCAACGACUCCUUCGUGUCGGCAGCUGAGCUGUCGGAGCACAGAGAUCUGAGGAACACUUUUCCCCUGGGACAUCAUCCUUUUUACGAGGAGGCGCUGCAGAUGGCCGAGGACGGCAAAAUCUCCUCCAGGGUGCUUCGAACUGAGAUACUGGAAUGUCUUGGUGACUUGGAUUUCCUGGCGAAGCUGCACUGCGUACGGCAGGCAUGUGAGCUCAUUUUGAGUGACAGGGCGACCAGGAUGUUUCUGGCUGACACUGGAAAGAAAAUCUUGUCUUCCAUUAUAGUCAAAGCCCAAAAAAGUCCAAAGCGAUUUGAGGAAGUGUUUGAGGAGUUGAUUGUCUUCCUGGAGCAUUCGGAUCAUUGGGAAGACACAGAGCUGGAACUGGCUUCACGAGGGGUCAGGCAUCUGAACUUCUACGACGUUGUUCUGGACUUCAUCCUGAUGGAUUCUUUUGAGGACCUGGAAAAUCCUCCCAUCUCGAUCCAGAACGUGAUCAACAACCGCUGGCUCAACAGCUCCUUUAAAGAGACGGCGGUGGCGUCAAGCUGUUGGUCAGUACUGAAACAGAAGAGACAACACAUGAAGGUGUCCAACGGCUUCAUCGCUCAUUUCUACGCUGUGUGUGAACAGAUCAGCCCUGUCCUGGCCUGGGGCUUCCUGGGGCCAAAGAGCUCCCUGCACGAGUUCUGCUGCUUCUUUAAGGAUCAGGUGCUUCACUUCCUGAAGGACGUCUUUGACCUGGAUAAAGUUCGUUACUCCACAGUGGAGACGCUGGCGGAGGACAUGCUGCACCUUCUGCACCGCCGCUCCGACCUGCUGCUGGCCUACCUGGGAGCCGACGCCCUGCGGCCGCUCAGCGGCUGCAGCGGCCCGCAGGUGCAGCUGGUGCCCAGCGCGCUGCUGGAGGCACAAGUACAGUAAGCGGCCACACGCCCAAUCCACAGCCGCUGGACCAAAGAAAGUUAUUUUCUCUGACUUUUUCCAAACCAUGAGGGGUAAAACAGACGGACGGUCUGAGAUCAUAGUGUUUGCUUUUGUGGAUCGGUCUGCCUUCGUCGUCGUCUGAUGUGGCCUACUCCACGUUCACGGUGCCAUAUCACUCUUAGCUGGCGGUGCACCGAUCUGUUUUCUGCCUAAGAUUCCGAUUGGCCGAUACUGACUUGUUUUAGUCUGAAAUGUUGCUAUCCGAGUGAAAUUUUCCUCCUCCAUCUUCUUGAAACUAAACAAAAUUGCAGUCAAAUGUUUGUUCUGCGUUUGUGCUGCCAUCAUUCUAAAGACAUUAAUGUUUCCACAGAUUAUGAAAGGUCAACCAGCCAGUCCACAUUUACAAAAUCAAACUCAAACUGGGGGCAAUCAACUAAACUGUUUGUGCAGCAAAAUUUUUUUCAAUUUAUUAAAUAAUAAAUGUUUCCAGAGAUUAUGAAAGGGUUGACCAGCCAGUUCACAUUUAUAAAAUCAAAUGAAAUGUUUUAAAUCAACUGUGCUGUUUGUGCAGAAAAAUGUUGUUAGCAUUGAAAAAGUUCCAUUUUUUUUUUUUUAAAUCAUUUUGUAGGUCAAUAUGCAACAAAAUUAUAUAUGUAAUAAAAAAAGAUGAAUUAAAAGUUUCUUUAAGUUAACGUUGCUAUGUAUGUGUAUAUGUAAAAAAUUUAUUAGCACAGUAAAUCGAUAUAAAUUCACUGUAAAUGUGGACUGGCUGGUUGACCUUUGGUGACCUCUGGAAACAUUUAUUGGUGUCUGUAAAAUGAUAGUGGCACAAAAUGAAAAUUGUUGCAGCACAAAAGGUUGACGAUGAUUUUGUUUGAUUUGAAAAAGAUCAGGUGGCAACUUCACUCGGGUAAAGUUGCUAAAAAUCGCAAGAAAGUUGGCGAGUUGGUGACAGCAACUCKGCAACCUUCAAUAAGUAUCGGCCGAUCACUGAUCUCUCAAAAUCAAUCGGUCCGAUUUAUCGGCGCACCGCUACUCUUAGCAAUAAUGUGUAGUUUUAACCUGAAGGUAAGUGUUGCGCUUUGUAAAAUAAAGUUGUAUUUAUUGCGGUUUAUUUGACACUAAAGAGAUACGUAGCCAUAUUUAUUUCAGUAGAAAGCCAAAAAUGUCUGUUUUGUAGAUGUUGCAGUUGUCUGUAAGAGCAUAUUGCAGGCUUUAUCACAUUUAUUUAACACCAACAAUGCAAUAAUAUUAGACGCAUUUGCUGCUCAGGCGAGCCUCUUGAACAGGAAUCGUUUCCUUUCGACAUAGAAACUCUAAACCUUUGUGUUAUUCUUGAAGCUGUGAGCUUUUAAGCAACUUGUGCCAGUCCUUUUUUAAUACAAGCACAAGAAGCCUUAACAUGAAAGCAAUUACUCAUCAUCCGUCACUGUCGGCUUCAGUGUAUUUUCACAGUGUGGCAUGCAGAGAGAAGUUUCACUGAAACACAUAGAAAUGUAUUCAAAGUUGCUGUAAAUCGUUAUUUUGGGAGAUAAAAUGUUAUUCUAACAAGUCUGACUUUAAACACCCCACACCUCAUGCAUGUAGAGUAACGAAGCAGCUACGUUUAGCCAAAAUUAACCACAAGUAUUCAGAAUAAUGUAGAUGUGAGUAAAAAGUCUUCAGCCUUCAAUGUGUGCAUGAAAAAUCUUUUUGCCACUUAGGCUGUUAAUUCAUAAACCUGACAUUUCCCAAUAAGGUAGCACUUUGUCUUCCCUUAUUCACUGCAAAAACAAAAUUAUUUUUGGUCUAGUUUCUGGAGUAAAUAUUUUAGUACACAUGAAAUAAUAGAUCUAACUUAGUAACUUUUCAGGAAGAAAUAUGAACUUGAUUAAAUAUUGAUGAAAAAUUAUUUUACUUAUGAAAUAAUUGACAGUGGAACAAACUUUUAAAAAUCAAUAUUAAUUAUUCAUUGAAAACRAGCCGUUUUGCUGUAAAGCUACUUUGAAGUCGUCUCAUUUCAGUUGUCUUAAGAYAUUUGCAUUACGAACUCCACAAACAUACUUGGUAAGGUUUUGUGUUUUUGCAGUGUAGUAGUGUGAAGACAAACAUGAGCUUUAAACUGAAGGAGGCCCAUAAGGGAUCAGUUUUAAGCAUGAAUGUACACAAAGUGUAUUAAAAUUCUCCAAAUCAAUCAAGUAUUUGCAAAAAAUGAAAUUUAAAGAYUUUUUGCACAUUUAAAAAGGUUUGAAACAAAAAUAAAAACUGGAUUUGAGUUCCAACGUUGCAAAGAAUUUGAGCUUUGUGUUUUAUUUCAGUCUGUGGGAAUUUGAUCUGGAAGUCAARUAUUUCCUGUUUAUUUGUCCUCAAUAUAAAUUAAUGUGGUGUUGACUGAUUAAGGUUAGAUUUGUGGGCRAACUGUAUUUUGUGUAAAAUGAAGCAAAUAAAGACUUUAAAAAAAUGUUUCCUUUAUUCAAACAAAUUCCCGUUUUAAAAAUGAAACUCAAGCAGGUAAAUCCCGUUUGUAACAACUUUAUUGGUGAACAUGGCAACAUAUUAAAGGUAAUUGAAAAGACAACCCAGUAAUGUAAUAUACACAGCACAUGAAACCUGUUUUACCUCUAAGGCAUGCUUCUUGUUUUGUCCUCUACAACCCCUGUUUUCAAACACUUUAGCGCAUCUCAGUCUAAAACAAUUAAAACCCCUUUUUUAUAUUUUAUUUACUACAAAUAAAAACUGAUAACCUCCAACUUUUCUGCCUAAAACACUGUAUGGGUCAUUUAAAGUUUCAGUUCCUGCUCUCAUCCAACUUUCUAAAGCUUAAAAAAGAGGUACAUUUGUAAAUAAAGGCAUUCAGAAACAACCUCUAACACACUGUAGCAUCAUGAAAGAGUUAAAGUCAACCCAGGCUGGCAGAAACAAAUCAAUCUGAGCAACAAUUUGCAAUCACAGAAUUUAAAUUUCAUUGCGUUUGCUGCUUUACCUUAUCACUGGAGCUCUUGAACGGUCUACGUUCAGCAGCUGGACUGACUCAAAGGAUUCCUCCUUUUGGGGUAGGGGGGGGAGACAAACUACGACACGGCCUGAUUUUACGACCUAAAGCCUGCAGCAUCCUCCAACACUGUGAGCAAGAAGUGAAGGCAGCAACGUUUCAAUAGAAGGUUUGCACUGCACUUUAGGGCAGAUUUACACCACGACAGAAAAUUAUUCAGAGAACAAAUAAUGAUAAAAAUGCAUUUCACCGAUUAUUCCACCUGACAUUUGAGCACAUUGCUAACUUCUGGCAACAGCGUAGCAUGCAUUUCAUUWAAACCCAAUGUCAACCUAAAGGUAUCCGUGAGAAACAGUGGACUUACCAGAAGGAAAAUAUGGAGCACAUAUUGACAAACAUUUCUUAUUUUUUGGGAAGGCAACCAUCAAAACAAGUGAUAACCCAUCAUGCAGUUCAGGAAUCAAAAAGGCUAAGAAAUGAAAUAAAAAAUGGACUGCUCAGGUGUGUAAAUAUUAGGCACAUUUCUUUACAACUAAGCAUCAACGCAUUGAGGCAUGUUAACACCACAGGUAAGCAUUUCUUUGCAUGAGUACACGUCAUUUUCAGAGGACAAAAAUACACUUGUUCCCUUAGGUUUCGCUUACCUGUGUUAAUGCGGCAGAACCUAAGGUGCAAGGUCUGGAAUGACACUGCAAAGAUCAGAUAUAUAUAUAUGUAUAUUGCACUGUUUGCCAUCAGUGAACAAUGCAGUCAAAUAUUGUUCCGACUUUAGUUCAACAGCCUGGCAGGACUGAUCAGUCCACAACUAGCAUCCACAUGCUUAAAUGGGACAUGCUAUGAACUUUCUAUACAAGUACUGGCAUUGAACAGCAUUUCUGUUUUGGUUAAAUAAUAAACAUGAGCUAACAAAAUCACUCAGCAGGUCAGAUGUAAAGAACGCAAAACCCAGAUUUCUACCCUCGUAUCAGAAAAUCCAUCACUACACAUUCUAAACAAGUCAUACUUUCAAUGCUACAAAUCUAAAUUAUGCAAGUCACAAGUCUCAGAAACAUGUGGUACAAGAAUCAAACUUWACUUUUUGCCUCUUUUCAGUACAUUUCAUACUUACCCAGAUUUAAAAAAAGAGGGAAAGUGGGGUAAUUUCUCACAAAAUCUACAUUUUUAGCAGUUUAGAAAGCAUAAAAAAGUGCAUUUCUUAGUUUUGUACUUACAUUAGAGGAGGGCUCAACUGAUGGAUGGAGCUGCUGCUUAGCCACCCCCGACCCUACAACAUCUAUGCUUUUAUAUUGGAUAAACACUUUGCAAUGUUUUUAUGUAAUAUAUAAACUUCAUUGAAAGUUAAAAAUACAGAAUUGGGAUUGGGCAAGACAAAAAAUAAAAAAAUAAAGCUUCAACACAUUUUUGUUUCAUACAGUUGCAAAUUCACCUGACUGUCCUGGAAAAAGGAAAAAUAAAAAUGACACUAAAAAUAUAUAGCAUUUCUUGAGACCACAUUUUCUGAGGGACGUGUUCAGAUUACCUGCUUACCGCAUAAUUUUGUUUUUUUCUAAACUUUCCUGUGGAAGAGGAAGUGGCUAUCAGGGGCAAAACAGCAGUGCAGAACAACAACAACUAGCUCAACAGCGACGCCACACAUACCUGUCAAUUCAAGAGCAUCUACAGCUACAGUCAGCAAUUUCAAUGUUUAAAAAUAAAAAGGAAACAAUUUCUAAUCAGCAAAUGAAUCAUUCAGGAUCACGUUUCUCAGCCUUAUAGACAAGUUGGAGAGAGACAGGACAGCACAACUUCAAAGUCGAUUUUUAUAGGACAAACCCACACAUUGCCUACGUUUCAAACAGGUAAUACAAAACAAAGACUUUCAUUUAAACCCUUUUUUUCAAUGCAUGUUUGUUUUGAACCACCCAAACUUACCAACACAGGAGGUUUCAGUUUGUUUUAUUGCAAAAACACAACAGGCAAUAGCAUUUUUUUCUUUUUUUUUCUUUUUUUUUUUUUAAAACUGAGAUGAUUUACAUGGUAAUGUCUACAGCUUAAUAAACAUGAGUUCUAACCACAUUUAAUGUAGAUACAGGGCUGGAAUGACCAUAUGUAUAAUUACCUUUACUAAAAACAUAGCAUUUACAAGAAAAACAGAAGGAAAAAAAAAACAGAAAAAACAAAAAAAA